UUUUCCGGUCAAAUGUUUAGAGAUCACAGUAGAGAUGGUUUUCGAUGCAUUUGGCCUAUAAUCCCACUCUCAACAAGGGUCUGGCACCUCACGUUUACAACCUCUUAUUUAGUUUGAAUAAGCUGAUUUCUAGCAUUCCAAUAUUAUGGUAUUUGCAAUGCCCGUAUUUGAUGGAAUAGAGUCGUGUCUGGUGAAGAAUCUCAAGUUCACUCCUUCCACAUGCCUUCGUAUUGUGGGACGUACUUCAUACGUUGCGUUGGUGGGAUUUAUAGCAGUAUAUAUUCCAUUUUUUCGGCGGUCUUGUUUUCUCCUCAACGUCCUACUUCUUGCCAUGCAUUAUAUGGUUGGUCAUGAAACAACAAAAACGUUGGAGCUUUCAUUGGAUUGCAUCUUGGAUCUCGAUAAUAGUUGGAGUCCUAAUCGCGGUGUUAGCACCAAUAGGUGGAGCGAGACAGAUCAUCCUUCAAGCCAAAACCUAUAA